AUGGCGCCAGGAGUACUCGAGCCUGAGGACCACAAACGUGAUGCUGCUUUCAGUAAGGCCCUCCAUGGCACUUCUGCCAGAAGCCGUGGUGGUCUGGCAGCUCUGACAGCCAAGGAUCGCAACGCGCAAAAGGCCGCUGUGGAUGAGUAUUUCAAGCAUUGGGACCAGAAGUCCUCUGCGGAUGAAACUGAAGAAGUCAGAGAGGCACGACGAGCGGAAUAUGCUACUCUUACCCGACAUUAUUACAAUCUUGCUACCGAUUUCUAUGAGCAUGGCUGGGGAUCAUCCUUCCAUUUCUGCCGUUUCGCGUACGGCGAGCCUUUCCGCCAAUCCAUCGCUCGGCAUGAACAUUACCUUGCCCAUUGGGUAGGUCUGAAGGAAAAUCAACUUGUUCUUGACGUAGGUUGCGGUGUUGGUGGCCCUGCCAGAGAAAUUGUUAAGUUUGCGGGUGUCAAUGUCAUUGGCUUGAACAACAACGACUACCAGAUCGAUCGUGCCGUACACUACGCUACCAAGGAGGGUCUGUCGAACAAACUGCGUUUCGUCAAGGGAGAUUUUAUGCAGAUGUCCUUCGAACCGGAAACUUUCGAUGCAGUUUAUGCUAUUGAAGCCACCGUCCACGCCCCGUCCCUUGAAGGCAUAUACAGUGAAAUUUAUCGGGUCUUGAAGCCUGGUGGUACUUUUGGUGUAUAUGAGUGGGUUAUGACUGACAAAUACGACAAUGACAACCCAGAGCACCGUGAAAUCCGCCUUGGAAUUGAACAGGGUAAUGGCAUCUCCAACAUGGUCAAGGCUGAUGUUGCGCUUGCGGCCAUUAAAACUGCCGGUUUUGAACUUAUACAUGCCGAAGAUCUCGCAGAUCGAGGUGAUGAGAUCCCUUGGUAUUACCCCUUGGCCGGAUCGUGGAAGCAUAUGAGCUCUAUGGGUGACUUCCUGACCAUUCUCCGUUUGACAUGGUGGGGGCGUGCGAUUGUUCAUCACUUGGUUGGUGGCCUCGAGAAAAUUGGAAUUAUGCCUCAUGGCGCCCAGAAGACUGCAUACAGUUUGGCAUAUGCUGCUGACUGCUUGGUAAAGGGUGGUGAGAUGAAGUUAUUCACCCCCAUGUUCAUGAUGGUGGGACGGAAGCCCGAGUAA